AGGGCAUGCCCCCCUUGUCCACACUACUCGUCGUCAUUCUCUUUGUUGCUUGCGCUCUCUACAAGGAUGAUGCUGCUGUAGCUGAAGAAGAAGAAGAAGACCGCAUCAUAAGUCCUUUCUCGUCUCAUCGUUGCCGUUGUUGUAUUUUUCUUACUCUCGCCCUUGUGCUGGUCUUCUCUCUCGUCUGGUUUAUUUGCUUCCAUACGAGUAGUCAAGAGUUUCCUUCUCUUGUUCAAGUUUUCUCCAACUUUGCAAGCAGAAGUGCAGUGAGAGAGGAAGGUUGUCGGAGUUCGUCGGAGCAGGUUAGAGAGGCGGCGUCAAGAAGACUCUUCCGCCGAUCUUUCGUGUGUGCUUCAGGCCCUCUUACCUCCUGCCUGUAGAAUCGGAAGGUUUGGUUGGGGUAGCGUUCUGUUUUGUGCUCUAAUUGAGUGAAGUUGGCGGCGGGUUUGGGUUUGAGCGUGAAGAAAGUGGAGUUGCACCUUCGAUCUUGCUUUCUCAUUUUUAUUAACGUCGUUGGCGGAUACAAGGGAGGGGAAUUGUUCGCAUUGAACCGGUGGUUGCGAGUCAUUCGCAGAGCAGGAGCUUUAGUUGCAGUGUUCAGGAAAUUUUCGUCUCCGACAGUUUCCUUGUUGAUUUGUUGUAUGUCAAUGCUUCCAGUUCUCUGUUGCUUCUAUUUGAUUCAUGUGGUGUGCAAAACUCUGAGACAUUCGCUCUCUACGUCCGUUGCCACUUAGAGAAUUUCCUCAAGAAGGUUACCUAUUUGUUUGGUGGCCACCGGCCCAGAACAUUAAGUAGAGUACAGGUUUCAUACUGCUACUUCAAGAUGAUGCAACAAGGAUCCUCGUCUUCGUUCUGGUCACUUGGUGCCGUUAUCCCCCACUUUUCUCUGAAUCGUUCUGGCAGCGGGUCACCUAAACGGCAUCCCGUGCUCCAAGAAUUCGAAACUAAAUUAGUCGAGAAGUUCGACGCCUUGAAAGAAGCUGGAGAAGAACUUGGCUUCCUCAGCAUUGAUUGGCUUUUACAGGCGUUAUCGGUCGUUCUUAGCACGCAUUCGAGCGUUGAGGCCCUCAUUCCAAACCUGACAUUUCCCCUUUCUAACCGUGACGACAAAUGGGUGGACGAGUACCUGGAUGAUAGCGCGAAGCUCCUGGACGUGUGCAACGUUUUGAAGGAGGGAAUUUCAGAGCUUGAGCAGUACCAGAUGCUUGUGCAAGUUGCCAUUCGAAAUCUACAGGUGAAGGAAUGUGGCAAGGAUGCCAAUUUUUAUCGUGCUAGGAACGCUCUCCACGAUUGCUUGGCUGCGAUCAAAAUGAAAGACACAGAAUACAAGCAAGGCCAUGCGAGGUCGAAGCUUGAGAGUUGCAGUUCUAUGUUGCGUACAAUGGGCGAGAAACUUGUGAAUCCUAAAGUUAUGGAGGCUGUGAAAGGGAACGGGUUUUUAAAUGCCAUUUAUGGUGCCAAGGUUACGACCAUUUUCUUGUGCGGUUUAGUUGUCAUUGCACUUGCUUGCAAGCCUAAGCGACCUCUAGUGAAUCUUCAUGUGUCCAACCAAUGCUUAUGGGCUUCCUCCCUUCUCAGCCUCCAGCAGCGAGUGAAGGAGGAGACAGAUAAGCGCAAGAAUAAGGGCUCAAUUGCUCUUUUGCGUGAACUUGACAAUGUAGACGUCCUUGUGAGAAGGCUGUAUGAGGUUGUGGACAAGAAAGUGAACGAGAGGAGUCUUUUCACCAACACCCAAGACUCCGAGCAGCUCAGCUUUUUAGUGGAGGAGCUAGCGUGUACGUCUCAGAAUCUCGGCAGAGGUUUGGCCCCACUUGAGGAAUGCGUCAACGAGCUCUUCAGACUGCUCAUAGCCAGUCGAAUUGCGCUUCUUGACCUCUUGAGUAGCGCGAAGGAAAAAUAGAAACGUAAAGCUCGUGGUGGUGCCAUAGAUGUGAUGCAAGUGUUUAGCGGUGGUGAUCCUGAUGCAAGGACUACGAACAACCCGUGGCUUUUCGUUCCAUGGCUUCGAACGAGUCUUCACGCGACAACUCCAAUUGCGGUUUUCAUGCGCAAAGAGGCUAUGAAUAUAUCAUCGGGUCUGUCCCGCAACAGUCGUAUCGAGUUGGUCCGGCUAAUCUUCCGAAGUUGCGUCAGCCCAUUUCUUCUUAUUCAGAGAAGUUUACACAGUAAGGGUGGCUUCGGCCAGCCCUUGAAUGCUCUCGUUUACGAGGUUUCGUAUACUGUGUUGAUCCUUGGCUUCUUUGUAGAUUUGCAUAUACGCAGGCAGCAAGAAAGAUGUUAGAUCUCAUGUACUUAUAGCAGAGGGCAGAUCUGAAUUACUCAUACAAGCAGUUUUGUAAGGGUAGGUAACUGAGGAAUUCAUGUAAAAUAUGUGACAGAUUGGCUGUUAUGGUAGUCAUAUCUGUGACAAUAUUAAUCAACAUAGACCAUUGAUUCA